UUCUCUGGCGCUCUAGAUUCUCUCCGCUUCUAAAUGUCUUUCCUCGCAAUUUUCCCGAGGAAAUGGGCUAGAAAAUCCGGCAUAGCCAUUCACGCCGUCCUAUCUUUAACCGUCUUCUUCUUCUUCGAUCUCAUUGACUCGAUUCUCUGUGUCGUUUACGAGUUCGUCGACGAGAUUUUGGAGGGAAAAUCCCGCGGAUGUUACUGCACGGAGGCUCUUCAUAUUACCGGUGAAAAUGAAGUUUCGGAGACUUUAUUCCGGAGGAGAAACGUUUUCCGGGAAAUGGGGUUUCUUGGAUUCGCCAGAAAGUUCAAGCUUUCCCGGAAAAAUAGUCAAUCUAAGAUCCAUGAGUCGGCGAAUAGAUGGUCAGAUUGUGGGUGCCAAUCUUGCAUAUCGUGGACAAAGAAAGAAGAUGGGAACCUUCACGUUGUUGUCAAAGAUUCCAUUUUUCAAGAGGACUCUGUUCAAGAACCGUCCGAGAAUGUAAUAUUCAUACACGGCUUUAUGGGUUCAUCACAUUUUUGGACAGAAACUGCGUUUGAGCACAUUAAGAAAGAUCGUUAUAGGCUCUUCGCGGUCGAUCUUUUGGGAUUUGGGGAGAGUCCUAAGCCAAGAGACAAUCUCUAUACAUUGAGAGAUCAUGUAGACACGAUAGAAAGAUCUGUCAUUAAUCCGUACCAGAUAGAAUCAUUUCAUGUGGUUGCACAUUCCAUGGGUUGCUUAAUUGCUCUUGCUCUGGCGGCAAAACACUCCACCGUCGUCAAAUCGGUAACUAUCGUUGCACCGCCUUACUUUCCUUCAUCGCUUGAAGGAUCGGUCUUGACCCGAAUCGCUGGAAAGCGGUUGUGGCCGCCUCUGGCGUUUGGAACGGCGGUGAUGUCUUGGUAUGAACAUAUUGGUCGAUGCGUUUGUUUCAUAGUCUGCAAGCAUCACAAGAUAUGGGAGUGGCUCAUCAAGUUAUGUAUCGGUAAAAGGGAGAUUCCUUGGAAGAUUAAGGACAUAACAAGACACACGCAUCACUCAGCAUGGCAUAGUAUGCACAAUGUGAUAUGCGGUGCCUCCAAAUUCUCUGAUGAGCAUCUCCAAACCCUAACCAGUGCCAGCGUCAAGAUUCACUUGAUACAAGGCGACCUUGAUAAUAUCGUUCCCUCACAUUGCUACGUUGACAUGAAGUCUAAUUUUCCGGCGGUGGAAGUUGAUAUUGUGACAGGUGCUGAUCAUGAGAGUGUUAUAAGCGUGAGAAGACAAGAGUUUGCUGAGAAAUUGGAGAGCAUUUGGAGUUCAUGUAGAACAGGGAUGGAUGCCAAACUGGGAACAUAAGCGAGGUGAUAAGGCCACGGAUCAAGCAAGGAAUCAACCGGAAUCUUAUUGAACGUAUCUCCCCUCACAAAGUAGAUGCAAGCUUGUCCGAUUUUAUCACAAGUACACACGAUGAGACCCUUAUCGUCGAUGAAGUAACUUGGCUGAGAGACAGAGUAUAUACUGUCUUGUAAUCCCGGGAAAUUAGGUAUCGAAACCGUCAUAAACAUGCUCCAAUACACAUCCUCUUCCUGACCUUUAUUCACUGACAUAUGUUAGACACUGACAUAAAUCUUGUUCUUGACCUUAUUAAUCUUGUUCUUGGUCACCCAAA